CGCAAGAAGAAAAGUGUCUAACUUAGCAGUGGAGUUCGAAUAAUGUGGUCGGGCAGGCGCCCGGUGGGUGUGCGCUGCGGGCCGUUUACUUAGUAGCAGGGGAUGCGCGUGUGGUGGGGCGCGCGGGCGGCGGUGAGGAUGCGUGUGUGUUGCGUUACCACGGUGCUGGCAGCGCUAGCGCUGCGCUCCGCCGCCGAGCCCGCGCCGCGCCGCUUCGAGUGGCGCAGCGGCCGAGACCUGCAGCUGCGGUCUCCCCCCUUGCACGAGAUCUUCGAGCCGGACUCGGCGCCCGCGGACCAAGACCAGCCGUACGUUCAGCAGCCCACGUUGCAUAAGGAGCGGCGCCGUACGCGUAACAACAAAAGAGCGCCGCACCUGCCAGCCGAACUUGCGAGCCAGAUGAUGUUGCGCGCGUCGCGAUCCGGCAGACCUUAUGAUGUUCCGCAAAUAGAAUGCCCGCCAGCCGCCGACGGCAUGGAACGUUUCGCAUGUCCCACUCCGGACCGCCAGGGCCGCUACCGAUGCAUUGAUGAUCACGUGCUUUGCGACGGCUUUAUAGACUGCCCCAAUGGGGAAGACGAGGAUCGACAGGCCUGCAUGUUUUACAAAACGACGAAGGCCCAUCUCGACGUUCUAGCCGACGCGCUUUUGCGGUGGGCGCGCGGUCGCUAAUUCCCUCCCGGACCCGAAAACCCCAGUGCUGUUACGGAAGUUCCAUAGCGCUGCACGGAUAGACUGACACUCAAACGGAUCGGCCAUGCGCACUUGCAUACAGCAAACGCUGCAAAUCUCCGGAAGUAAUAUUCGGGCGUAACCAAUCAAGUUAACUAGAUAACGCGAUGAACAUAUUGAAACAUAUCAAGUAGUGGUGCGAUCUCUCAUAACAUAACCACUGAAAGUGUAGUGUAAGGAUUCCGACAGCAAACUCUGAUCUGAAACUCAAUACAUUCCGUUCAAAUGCGUGUGUGCUGCGCGCUGAAGACUUGAGUGCGAGUACUAGAAAUCGUUGGAAUCGGAAGUAUACUAGUAAUACGACUUGGUUUCGUCCUAAUAAUCUCUCCGCAGCUGAUUUAUUUCUCAUUUCGUACCUUCUAGCACUUAUUACCUAAUAUGUGAGACUGGUAGUCGACAUUUGAUAGUCGGUAGAAAAUACAUAUUAACAUAUUUGAUUAUUUUAAGUUAACUACC